UCUGUUCACUAUUGUCUUUGAUUCAGUGAAAAUUGAAUCAUUAUACUUCAUUAGUUCAAUAUAUUGUUAUCGUACCUUUCAAGCCCCGAGGCGGUGCCGGUAUUGAUAUUGUAUUUGAAAUACGGUCAUAUCUAAUAGCUAAUAUCAUCGAGGGAUCACUAAAACAGUAAUCGAAUAUGUCAGCUAAAAGGAAACAUAUAGAUAUGUAUCUUGGGGAAAUUUUUAAGGAAUUUAUUUCCUUAAAAGACAAGGAUCUCAAGAAAUCACAAGAAGUAUUUAACAGUGUCUUUGAACAGGUUAAACAAAAGAUGGAAGAGCAAUGUAAUUACUUUAGUAAAUAUGCUAAACAGGUACUCUAUGCUGGAAGUGUGUAUGAUGGUAUCAAAGUGUCUAAAUUAGAUGAAUUUGAUAUGAACAUAGUAAUACGACUACCCAUAAGUUAUGAGGAUGGAGAGGAUGGAAUUACACUGGAGAAUGCUCAGCCUGGAUUUGUCAAAAUGAAAAUUAGCAGACCCUUUGAUAAUCUGGAUAAGCAGAAGGAUUGGGAAAACUGUCACAAAGUGACAAGAGAUUGGCGUGACAGUGACAAAUACCUUCUCCAAAACAAAUUUCGUCAGUGGUUACACAGUAUAAUACAGAAGGCCCUUAACGCUAUGAACAAUGAGGUGACAGUUAAUGGUGUUAAGUAUGAGUUAAAAUAUAAAUCUUCGGGACCAGCGUAUACAUUGAAUAUAGAGAAUAAAAAUGAAUCUUUCUAUCUUGAUGUGGAUUUAGUACCUGUCAUACGAUUUAUGCUACCGCGUUGGCCAAAAGGUUACAGAAAUAUAGGUGACGAUAAAGCUAAAGAUUGGUUAGUAGUACCAAAGCCAAACAAAGCUUUGAAUGUUAAAGAGCAGAACCAGUGUUGGCGGCUCUCCUUUCAGGAACAAGAGAGGAAAGUUAUGAAAAAUUUGAAGCAGUUGAAAGUUGUUAUAAGAUUGGUGGGUGUUUAUUUUAUUGGAACAACUAUGCUGAUCUUAUUUUUCUAUUAA